UGCCAGGGCGGUGCCAGGGCGGUACAGAGGCGGUCCCCGGGCGGUCCCGGGGCGGUCCGUCCGGCGGCGCGGCGCGGGGCCAUGCGGCAGCCCCCGGGCGGUGGCAGCGGCGGCGGCGCCGCCUUCCUGCCCGCGGCGCGGUGCGGAGCGGCGGCCGGAGCGCCCCGCACAGCCAUGGGCGAUGGGUGGCUGCCUCCGGACUGCGGCCCCCCGAACCGCUCCGUGGCCGGGGUGACGGCCGUGCCGCCCGGCAGCCGGCAGCUGCCCGCCGCCGAGCUGCUGUCGCAGCAGUGGGCUGUGGGCAUGAGCCUGCUGAUGGCCCUGGUGGUGCUGCUCAUCGUGGCCGGGAACGUGCUGGUGAUCGCGGCCAUCGGGAGGACGCAGCGGCUGCAGACCCUCACCAACCUGUUCAUCACCUCGCUGGCCUGCGCCGACCUGGUGAUGGGGCUGCUGGUGGUGCCCUUCGGGGCCACGCUGGUGGUGCGGGGCACCUGGCUCUGGGGAUCGUUCCUGUGCGAGUGCUGGACCUCCGUGGACGUGCUCUGCGUGACGGCCAGCAUCGAGACCCUGUGCGUCAUCGCCAUCGAUCGCUACCUGGCCAUCACCUCGCCUUUCCGCUACCAGAGCCUCAUGACCAAGGGUCGGGCCAAGGGCAUCAUCUGCACCGUCUGGGCCAUCUCUGCCCUGGUCUCCUUCUUGCCCAUCAUGAUGCACUGGUGGCGGGAUGACGACCCCCAGGCGCGGUGCUACCAGGAUCCGGGCUGCUGCGACUUCGUCACCAACAGGGCUUACGCCAUCGCCUCGUCCAUCAUUUCUUUCUACAUCCCCCUUCUCAUCAUGAUCUUCGUGUACCUGCGGGUGUACAGAGAGGCCAAGGAGCAGAUGAGGAAGAUCGAUAGGUGCGAGGGCCGGUUCUACGGCAGCCAGGAGCAGCCGCAGACGCCCCUGCCCGCUCACCCUCACCAGCAGCCCAUCCUGGGCAACGGCCGAGCCAGCAAGCGAAAGACCUCCCGCAUCAUGGCCAUGAAGGAGCAGAAAGCCCUCAAGACUUUGGGCAUCAUCAUGGGGGUGUUCACCCUCUGCUGGCUCCCCUUCUUCCUGGUGAACAUCGUCAACGUCUUCAACAGGGACCUGGUGCCCGACUGGCUCUUCGUUUUUUUCAACUGGCUGGGCUACGCCAACUCCGCGUUCAACCCCAUCAUCUACUGCCGCAGCCCCGACUUUCGCAAGGCCUUCAAGAGGCUGCUGUGCUGCCGGCGGAAAGCGGAGCGCUGGCUGCCCGGCGGCGGCGGGGAGCUGGCCCGGCUGCCCGCGGGCUUGGUCAGCACCGUGGGCUCCCCGGAGCGCAGCCUGGCCGGGACCUGGUCCGACUGCAACGGGGGCACGCGGGGCGGCAGCGAGUCCAGCCUGGAGGAGAGACACAGCAAAGCCUCCGACUCAGAGUCCAAGGUAUAGGGGGGCGUGGGGGCCGCGUGUGAGCGGGACAGGGGAGAGCGGGCGGGGAGGCACGCAGGAGCGAAAACCCCCGGCAGCUGCCUGACGGUGGAUUGCUGUCGCCGAGCAAAGCGAUGCCUGCCCUGGCAGGGGGAGUGCGGGUGUUUACUUAGGAAUAAAAGCAGGUGAACUGGUGUACGACAUACCUCAUCCGAAACUACAGCAAACAGGAAACCCACUGACCGGAGAACAAAGGAAAUGACCAGCCCGUCCCGGGGACAGCCGCCUUGUCUUUGGGAGACGCGCUGUGCGGGGACCGCGGCGGCACCGGCCGUCCCAGCACCGUGCUGUUGGCCCCACCAGCGGUGCUGCUGGCCCCUGGCGGCCCGGUUCGGCCGCAGCUGGGCUCCGGCCACCCCGCCCGGCCCCGGGGCUCAUCCCCUCUCCCAGGGCACCGGGAUUUUGGGAGGCGCGGGGUCGGUGCUGCAGGUGCUCCGGCGCAGAGCGCGGCCGGCGAGACCCAGACCUGCCGGCAAGAUGAGUUUAAAGCUCGGAGCUGCCGUGCUCUCCUCGUCUGCAGAGUAGCGGGAGAGAAAAUAAUGAGCAAUGAGGAGCACUGGUAUAUUUGGAAAGGGGGUAGAACAACCCAACACACACUCUUGUGCUUAUUCCCUCUGCAUCAGCCAGCAGUGAGUUACUGUGCUUAUCUCCUUCGGCCAGACAAUAGCAGUCAGGCUGAGAAACUUCUACCUCAAACUGUGCAUAUUGUACAGGGGAAUGAACGGACCAUGUUUAUAUUAAACAGCAUAUUUGCAUACCACUAAUAGGGUUUUAUGGCAAGGGCCGGGGAUGGGGGGGUGAGGAACCUUCUGCAGCUUGUUCAUUGUAACCACAGAUGAACGGGGGGAGGGGGGACAAUCCUGGCUACAAAAAUUUACUGCACAUUUUUUUAAAAAUGGCGACAAAGUCGUUUUUUUGCACAGUGUUAAAGAGUUGUAAAGUUAUUUGAAGAUAUUACUUGCACACACAUACACACAUUCAGAUUGAAGAGGAAACGGAGGUUUGAGUAACACCGACCCUGAACCUGAUUUCUGGUUUUGUCUGAUCUGUUAUAGUUUUAUUGAGAGAGUGACUUUUUUAAUAUUAUUUUUGAAGGUACUGUAAAUAUAUCGGUAUUAUAAAUUAAAAUAUCUUAAGAGACUAUUAUUUUUAUUUUUAUUUCCAAAUGCUCACGUGAAUCUGCUGAUAUUUUAGCACUUGUGUGUCGUUUCCAUUUUCCUCUCUGUGUGUUUUUUAACAUAUUUAUACUUUGGUGCAAUUUACUACUGUGUAAGUAAUUGGUCUAUGUGCAAUAAAUACCAUUGCAGCACAAACAAGUGUGUCUCUAUAGGUUUUGAAACAAUACCAACCUGUAAUGGGAAGAACAGCAUUUGUUUUUCUCCAAAGAUGGCUCAGAUUACCAAUACAACUUGAUCUAAUGGCUUUUCCUGACACAGUGUUGUGAAAAACCUGUUUGAAACCCAGUAUGGUUGUGUUCCUGUUGCACUCAGGUCCACUGACUUCCCUUAUUAACGGGAAAAAAUUAAUGGCUAAAUUAAUGGCUAAAGACAAGGUGUUUCCACUC